AUGCCCUCCCCCGGUCCCCACAUUCUCACCUUUGCGCUUGACAACUGGCCUCACAACGCCGGGCCUAGCACCAGGGCUAGCAAGCCCAAAGUCCGGACGGGAUGCGUCACUUGCAAACGGCGCAGAAUCAAGUGCGAUGAGACGAAGCCGUCUUGUCAAAACUGCCUCAAGCGGCGGGUGACAUGCGAGGGAUACGAACCCAAAUCGUCAAACUCCUCCGCCGCCGCCGCCGCCUCCUCGAAACAGCUCGCGGCAAUAACCACCAAUGGCUCCCCGCUCUCCAUCGAGCCGAGCUACCAAAGCCUCGUCUUCACAACGCAGCUCCAAAAGGACCACUUUGAUCAGUGGCUGUCCUUCGCGACAGACACGCUGGUCUUCCCGUCGGAGCUCAUCACCGAGACCAUUCCGCAAAUCGCACGCUCGGACCUGGCCGUGAGGAACGCUGCCUUCGCCAUCGGCGCCGCGGCCCUCGGGAGCAGCACCCGCGAGGAGCGCCUCACGGGGAAAAGCCCUUACUUUGCCGAUGCUCUGGAGUACUACAGCCGGGCCCUGCAGCUGACUGUCAAGUCGCCGCCGACGGAGGAGACCUUCCCCAGCGUUCUGAUGACCUGUCUCCUGUUCAUCACGUUCGAGGCCCUGCAUGGCGACAGGAGGUCGGCGCUGACUCACCUCAACCAUGGCUACAACAUUCUCGACCAGUACGAGCGGCGGUCCAAGAAGAAGAACAAGAAGACGACGACGUCCCGUAACCCCUUGGUGGACGCGAUAGCCACAAACUUCCAGCGCCUGACGCUGCAGUCAUGGAGCCACAACGGAGACCACCCCAAGGAGACGGAGACGCAGGUGCCGUGGUGCUGCCGGGGCCAGACGGAGCGAUACGCCGUCGACGAGAUGCCAGACACGUUCGGGUCCCUCGACGAGGCGCACCGCUGGUGGGAAAUCACCCAACACCACGUCAUCCACCACGCGCCCCUCAUCAUCGGGUUCCGCGUCGAGGGGACGGGGAACAAGGCGCCGGUGCUUCCCUCCAACGCCAGCCUCCCGAUCGACCCGGAGCAGGUCAAGGCGCACGACCGCUUCGUGGAGGCGUGGCGCGCGAGGUUCCUGCCCUUGCUCAAGACGCAGCGGCACGGCAGACAAGCAAACGACAGAGAGUACCUCAAGGCCCUGGGCCUACAGAUCCACUCGACGUACCUGUCCAUCCCGAUCAGGACGGCAAACUACUGCGACUCGGCUGCCCUCGCGGCCAUGACGCCCCGCUUCCGCGCCUACGUCACCCUCAGCGAGGCGUUUCUGCAGGCCCAGCAGCGGCUCCUCCGCACGACGGGCGAGAUGUUCACCAUGGACAGCAACAGCCCGACCUGGCCGCUCGGCGCGGCGUCCCUGUUGUGCGCGGACGAGGCGGUGCGGGCGGACGCGCUGCGCCUCUUCCGCGCGUACCCGCGCCGCGACGGGCUGUGGGACACGCAGACCUGGCUGAGCAUGCUGCAGAGCUACAAGGAGGUGAACCCGACGAUUGCGACGCAGGUUGGCGAGAGGGAUUCGCAGCAGCAGCAGCACAUGUUUGAUGUCGAGGUCGUCUACGAGGACAAGUCUGUGGUGUGGAUCAAGCAGGUGGACGAUCCUGCGAGUGUGAGCCCGGAUGAUUUGGAGUACAGAAUUAAUCUCCCUUGA